AUGGGUUUUACAGAUCGUCUCAAGUCAUUACGUAAGCCCAAAGUUAGUCAACCACAACAGCAACAGUCCCCGGUCUCUUCUGAGCAGCCAUCGCCGCCGCCUCGCAGUCCACUCGAACGAACCCCGGAGGGAUCGCUUUCGGAGCUGCAGCAGAAGUUAGCCAACCUCAAGGCCACCGUAUCGAGGCCAGCUCAGUCGCCAGCUGCGGCCCAGGCCGCCCAGCAGUUGCUGAACGAUUGCAGGAAUCUGUCGGCGGUGUUGGAGUCCCAGACGGACACUUUCGCUGAUCAGGAGAAUUUCGACCUCGUCCAGGGUGUCUUUGAGACCUCUGAGGAGCUCCGGAAGAUCAGCCAAAAGUUCGACGGGUGGUACAAUGCAGCGACGAGGACUGCUGUUGCCCAUUCGGUAGCGGUCAAUGAGGCUCCUGCUGGCCUACCAGUGACAGCCUCUCAGCCCGUUGGGGACGAUAGGGCACUCAGUGCCUUUGCUCGGCAAAUAUCAGAGUUGAGGACGAUGGUGUGGGACGACUCUAAACCGGUGGAUAGAUGUGACUUGGCAAUAGCCGAGGCGAAGUCGUGUAGUGAGGCAUUAGCCGGCCGUAUCAAUGCCUGGCUUAACAAGAAGGAGUCGGCGAAAGUGGAGAAGUUGAUGCAGUGUAACGACGAGUUGGGGGAUAUCGAGGAGGAGUGGAAGGUUCUGAGGAUGCAGAGAGGCCCUCAAGGGACUAGUGUGGUGGACGGCAGGCAGGAGGAGGAGGAGGUGGGGAGGGAUGAGAGAGAGGCUUUGAAGUCUCAGAGAGAGGAGGAAGAGCGACUGAAGGAAGAGGCUGAACGGAAAGCUAAGGAAGAGCGAGAGGCUAUACAGAAGGCACAGCAGGAGGCCAAGAGGAUAAGGCAAGAGGAAGAGGCGGCUAGGGCUGCUGCUGAAGAGGCCGCGAGGAAGGAGAAGGAGGAGGCAGCGGCUAGGGCUGCUGCUGAAGAGGCCGAGAGGAAGGAGAAGGAGGAGGAGGCGGCGGCUAGGGCUGCUGAAGAGGCCGAGAGGAAGGAGAAGGAGGAGGCGGCAGCGGCUAGGGCUGCUGCUGAAGAGGCCGAGAGGAAGGAGAAGGAGGAGGCGGCGGCGGCUAGGGCUGCUGCUGAAGAGGCCGACAGGAAGGAGAAGGAGGAGGCAGCGGCUAGGGCUGCUGCUGAAGAGGCCGACAGGAAGGAGAAGGAGGAGGCAGCGGCUAGGGCUGCUGCUGAAGAGGCCGACAGGAAGGAGAAGGAGGAGGCAGCGGCUAGGGCUGCUGCUGAAGAGGCCGACAGGAAGGAGAAGGAGGAGGCGGCUAGGGCUGCUGCUGAAGAGGCCGACAGGAAGGAGAAGGAGGAGGCAGCGGCUAGGGCUGCUGAAGAGGCCGACAGGAAGGAGAAGGAGGAGGCAGCGGCUAGGGCUGCUGCUGAAGAGGCCGACAGGAAGGAGAAGGAGGAAGCGGCUAGGGCUGCUGAAGAGGCCGACAGGAAGGAGAAGGAGGAGGCGGCUAGGGCUGCUGCUGAAGAGGCCGACAGGAAGGAGAAGGAGGAAGCGGCUAGGGCUGCUGAAGAGGCCGACAGGAAGGAGAAGGAGGCGGCGGCUAGGGCUGUUGCUGAAGAGGCUGAGAAGAGGAGAGUAGAGAGUGCUAAGGCUGCUGAAGAGUUGUCGAGGAAGUCAGCUGAACAGGAAGCAAAGCGAGUCGAGGCUCCUCGUAUGCAAUCUGCUGAGAACGGCAGCAACACACGUGUGGCCAUUGGGGAGGCAGCAUUUGGUGCAGGGGAGAGGGGGGAGUUGGGGACACCUGUUGAGGCUGGUGUUGUUGUUGUUGCUGGGAGGGCUAUGAGGGAGGAGGCGGCGAAGAAGGCCCAUCAGAGGCGACAGGAGGCGGCACUCGCUGAGAGUGAUGGAUUGUUGGGGCUGGCCAUAGGGUUCCAUAAGGAGCACGGUGGGAAGGCUUAUCAGCAGUCGUGUUUGAGGAUGUGGAGUAUGUACGUUAGAGGUUGUCAGCAUGCUAGGAGGAGGCUGUAUGAGGCAGCCAGUGAUGAGGAAAGGGCUGCUGCUGUCGACUAUGCUACUUCAAUAUCUUUGGACAAGCCCUCGGAUUUGAAGUUGAUAGAGAGCUGUCGGCGGAAGUUGGAGGAGUCGGAUCGACAGGCAGUGCUGCAGUCUGAACUGAAGGCUGCUAUGAAGGCUCGGGAUCUGGCCACGUUGCAAGAGGUGCUACCUGCGAUACCUCGAGACAAGGCGGGACCUGAGGCCUAUCGAGUUCUGUCUGAGGAGAGGCUUCGUGAUGCGGUGAGGAGGAAGGCGGAGCCGGCCGAGCUGGAAAGGCUGAUAACAGAGGCUGAGCGGAGCGGUGCUGCUAUGGUGUAUAUCACGCCGGCUAGAGCUCUUGUGGAAUUUUAUGGCGCGCGACGGAAGUCAGAUCUCAUGGCCUCUGUGUCGUACUGUGCGAAGUUGGGUGUGAAGGAUCUCCCGGCUCGUCCACUGGAGCGGCUAUCUGAGGCCGCGCUGAUUUCGAUAGCGUUUAGAAGGUGGCAGGAGGCAGUGCAUGAGGAGGCGACUCGAACGACUGUGGGGAAGUUCUUCUUUGAGUUGUGGAGGCAUCGGUUGUGGCUGAGGAAGGAGGUGGCGAGGCUAGCAGCGGACGAUGCGGUGGGCUCGGCUGAGCUGGCGGAGGCGAUGAAGGAGUGUGAACGGCUGGACAUUGAGGGGGUUGAGGGGGAUGAGGAGUUGGCCGAGGCGAUGAGAAGGAAGAAGUUGCUCGAGGCGAUCUACUCUGCGAAGAAUGUGAAGGCCUUGGUGGAGGCGACGGAGAGGUGUCGGGAUGCUGGCAUUGUGUUGGAGGAUAAUUUUAUGGCGCGUGAAGCUCUGGGGGACGCGUUGGGAAUGUCGCUGAUCCCGAAAGCCCUGGAGUUGGAGGAGCUUGAGAGGCUGAUAGCUGCUGCGAAGUAUGCAGGAGUGCCAACUACCUAUUCUGAGGAGGUUGUGAAGAGUCGGAGGUGGAAUGCUAGUGUGGCAGUCUUCCGGGAAGGGAAGGAGAAGGAGUUGUUGACGAGGGUGGUUGUGGAGUGGAAGGAGCAUGCGAGGUACUCGGCUAGAUUGGACUCGAUAGAAGGUCGUAUUUGCGUGGAGCACGAGGAGAGGUUGGAGAAGGAAUCCUUCAUAGUGUGGGCUGCCUGGGCGGCUAGGUGGAAGGAUGUGAACGAAAAAGCAGCUGGAAUGAUAAGGUCGUGUGAGGAGGAUCGGGUGAGGGGUGCUUGGGAGGCGUGGAAGACGUAUAGGAAGAACUGGAAGGAGAAGGAGAGGAAGGCGGCUGAGAUGGCGGCGGCUGGUAGUAGGGAGGUGGGCCGGCUCGCACUGGAGAGUUGGAGGGAGCGCUCGGAGGGAGUCCGUGAGAUUGUGGAGGCCUUGAAAUCGGCAAAUGAUGAGAGUUCAUUGACAUCAGCGCUGAGUGCAUGUUGUUAUGAUGAGGAUCUGUCCAGGAGGGCGGGCCCGGAGGCUAUCGAGGCGGCUAAGUCCCGUUUGGCGGCUAUAAGGUUGAGGAAAGCAGUUCAGAAGGGAGGGAGUAGUCCGGCUGAGCUCCGAGAUCUGUGGCGAGAGGCAGGCUGGCCGGAGACCGAUGUUGUGGGAGAUAGGGCUUGGCAGUUGAGUGUUAGACGUCGGGCGUUGCGGAGUUGGGCUGAGGAGGUGAUGGAGAGGAGGGCGGUGACACAUAGGGUGGAGCGUUGUUUGAAGGGGGAGGCGGAGGAUCCCUCCCUCUUCCGUUUGAGGGCUACUCUGGAUUUGGCUAGGGAGCGCGAUGUGAAGGAAAAUGGCGUGAUAAUGGCGGCGGAGCGAAGAUUGGCAGAAAUUGACUUGUCGACGGAGUUGUCCCGACCGAUGCCGUCCCCCGGAGCACUCGGACAGCUGCUGAGGAACUCGUGGCUGGACAGGAACGAUGCGACAGUGCGGAAAAUGGUAGAGGAGGCUAAUACUAUUCGGGCGAACAGUGUUGGGGAUAAGGUGAAGAGGAGAGAAGCUAGAGAUGCAUUGAGCAUCUGGAAAGAGUUUGCGGUUGAGCGAGUGUGCCUCCGACGGAAGCUACUGAAAAGCACGGACGUAGAGGAGUUGUCUAAGUUGGUGGAGGAGUUAUCGGUGCCGGGUCAUGCUCAUGGAGACCUUGUUCUGUCUACGGGGGCGAAGGAUCGACUGGAGAUGCUCGAGUGGGCUAGGCAGCAGGAGGAGGCUAAGAGGCAACGGUUUCAACGAUUCCAGAAGAAGUGGGAGGAAGAGGAGAGUCGAUGGUCGUUGAGGACGGAGGUGUCACCAAGGGUGUGGCCAGAGGAGGAUCGGAAGGCUGACUAUUUUCAUACUACUGUUCCGAAGAUCAGAGGCUUUGCGACUACACCGCUCAAGAGGGGUCGUGUGGACCUGUCGUCAUCUCGUAGCAUAACACCUCGUACCACACCAUCGCUGUCUCACACCGUGUACUCCCCCUGGGGUGACAGGAGUCUGUCACCUGCCACCUCGAUGGACCUCACGAAGUUCUCAUUGAAGACACCGUCACCGCGCCACGAAGUUGAUACCAGUGGCCUCCUCGGCACUUUCGGUCAGUACGCGGGCUUCCAGGCUUUGUGUAGUGGAAUAGCCCGACAAGUGGUGUAUACGGAUCUGGGAGACCCCGUUACAUCUGUCCACGCUGGGGAGUGGGGUAUAGGGGCUGGCACUAUGUUGGGUAAGGUGUGGUAUUACUCCUUGGAACUGGACGAGAGAGUACCCCUGGCGGGCUUUUCUGAUGAUGCUGUUAAAGCUAUCUUCGUGAGGGAUCCUUAUACGGAAAGUGUAAGGCGAGACCAGGGCGAAGACGCUUUUUGUACAGCGCGGAGCCCAGAUGAUGACAAGGUGGAUCUCGAGAAUGGUUUCGGGCAUCAGAUGGCUGAUCUACUACACCCAGAUGAGCCGACUGCCCCAAUAGUGUAUGCUACUGUCGGCGAUAGCUGCGCUAAGAUCUUUGAUACAGCAGAUCCUCAUCAGCAGACUGUGUUCAAGUUCGAGCGACGGAGCUCGGCAUCGGUGAAGUACGUGGUGCAGCGGCAAAAUCAGGUGGCCAUCGUUUUCCCAGAUCUGGUCACGGAGAGUCAGAACAUGACUCCGUUCCGGCUGCAGGGGACGGACGAUGAUGUUACUAUGGCGUGUCCAACGGACAUGCGGAAUCUUAUCCUCUUGUUAGUGGAGCAUUACGAUGUGAAGCCACCGUGUUAUAAAGUAGUGGAUCUUGAACACGACCAGCAGGUUCUCGACUACGCUCAGUUGCCUGGCCGAGGCCGACUUUGUUAUUUUGUACGGAUGCUCGGUCCACGGUAUUUGGUUUUCGUUUCUGACGCCUGUAAGCUGUGUGUGUACGACUACGUUGCUAAAAAAACUUUGCAUGUGUUAAAGGAGCAUAAGAAAGAUAUAGUAUCGCUGGACACUACUUUUAGUGACGAGGAGUUCAUCUCGGUCGAUACACGUGGAGAAGUCCGCUUGUGGAAUGCCACGGAAGGGUCGGUGGCUGAGGAGGGCCCAGUGCAUACUAUGGGAGGCUACGCUAGGAGGGGGUCGAGGACUGGGGAGCCCGAGGACGAGGAAAUGAGCCCCGUCGCAGCCCUUGGAGGAAAGGCUGGUCUCAUCAGGGGUCGAGAGCUCGGCAGGAGGGGACAGUUGGAGGGUGGGUACGAUGGGGAGGCGUACUGUGAGAAGGCUAUGAGGGCUGCAUUGAAUGCUCCCACUGGGCUGUCGCCUUAUCUACCCCACAGAUCGAUAUCACCUCUGCCGGGGCGUCAGUCAUCUAUUGGGGGCACGCCGAUGUCGGCUGUGUCGCGUCACCAGUCACCAGGACGAGAGAGUCAUACGUCAAGUAAGUCCGGUGAGCGUGGUCAGAGGGUCCAGCGUGGGCACUCCGGUGUCGGUCGGUAUCGUCGUGCUAUAGCGGAGGAGCAUGUGGAGGGCACAGAGGGGUUUGGGGUAGGGAGGCCCCCGAGGGCGCAGGUAGGGGCACGUCGUCAUCGUGGUGAUGGUGAGGGAAAGCCGUGGUCGGAAGAGGAGGACGGCGAUAGGAACUCUGUAGAGGAGGUUGUCGAGGCCCUGCAGGAGGACGAGCCGGAGAUCCUGGAGGAGCUGCCCUCAACCCGACAGGUGUCACCACGUGAGGCCAAGAGGCGGGUCCCAGCAGCGGAGUCGCUGGUUAGCAAUACGCUGGGAUCGUUGUCUUCCUCGGAAGGAUCGAUACUCUCUAUGGUGGACCGUGAGGCGCUCCCAGUUAAGACCACGGAAACACAGACGGACGAGCUGGAGGGCUAUCGGGGGGAGGCUCCGGUCCAGAGUCCCCAGUCGAAGGUAGGGCCCGACGCGGGGCCGCCCGCCUAUACCCCCGGUCGGCAUGGCUAUAGGGUCGGUGGAGGCACGGCUGAGUCGGCACGGGCUGCUGCUGCUGCUGCUGCUAGUGGUGCUAGACGUACGCCGCACUACGCUACUCCAGGGUGGGACGAGAGGACACAGGAGCUACGGGAAAAGGAGGCUAGGUUGGAAAUGUAUCUGGCGGAGUCGGCAAGGCGUCGUGAGGUCCUCAUGGACUCUAUUAAGAGACGCCAUGCUACGGCACACCACCGAGGGGCUACGGCGGCGAGGGAGCUGGAUUUUGGUGGUGGUGGCUGGGCUCAACGUAGUGUGGAGAAGUAG